CUCCAGAGAUUACAUCAUCGAAAAUAAUAAUCUACCUUAGGUACCUAGGAACGCCUCCCACUCAAUUACCCGAAUCUUCUGCAACAUUUCCAACGGCUCCCCCUAAUUUUUCCUCUACCCUCUCUACCGACCUAGACAUUCUCUUUCCUCGGCCGUAAUGCGGCAUGCCGUUGCGUUCCUCUUCCCUCUGUAGCCUGCGCCCCGCGCCAAUUCUUUCAACAUGUAGCAAUGAACUGCUCCGGUGUCGGACAUCAAACAUCGUCGCAAUUGGGCUGCGAGCUCAGCAGCGAAGAGGGCGGCAUGAUGAGGUCGCGCGUAAGAAUCACUACGAGAGGCUUAAGAUAAGGCACGAUGCAACACCUGCUGAAAUAAAAAAGUCUUUCUAUUCUCUUUCAAAAACCCACCAUCCCGAUGCAAAUCCAUCUGAUCCAACCGCAUCUUCGACGUUCGCCCUGAUCUCCGAAUCAUAUACUGUUCUGUCUGACAAGACUCGUCGAGCAGCCUACGAUCGCGAUGUCCUUCGUUUGCACCACCACCCACCACAAACUCACUCCCAUCGCGGCUCUUACCACUCUCAUCAGCCUGGCGGUCGCGCACCGUCAGGUUUGAGUCGCAGGAGAGGUACUUUUCGCGGUCCGCCGCCUAGCUUUUACCGCAGCGGAGGCUGGGGAGAGCAGGCAGAUAAGCGUCGCAAGGCCCAUGAAGAGAGUACAGGUGGUGGAGGCACAUCAACACACGAACACGGCGGAUCGCAUAGUCGCCAGAAAAGCCCAUGGGGUGACCCUUUUAGUCAUGAGUCUUCCCAUGGGGGAAUGGGACCUGGAGAUGACCCUUUUGGACACCAGAAUGAUGUUCCUCACUUUGACAAGGCGGGACACACGCGAACACAUCGAAGAGAGGACCAACGGCGCAAAGAUAGGAGACAAAGGAGCGCAAUGGGCGACGAUGACAUUGGCUUCGAGACUCAGACAACCACCACGGGCCAUUUUAUUAUAAUAUCGGGCAUUCUCGCCACUGCAAUAUUGGCGCCCCUCAUAUAUAUUCAGUUCAUGAGCAUUGGGCAGCGAAAAAAGAACAAGACUUGAGCAGGGAUGCACUGCAGACAGGAAGACCGGGUGUGUCUCCCAAACAAUAAGUAUCAUUAUCAGGCUUUGAGUUCCUCAUCCCUAGAUUUUAAGCGGUACCAUUACAUCAAAAUAUUUCAUAGACGGAAUCUAUUCCUGGGCAGCACGAAACAACUUGCCAUCAUAUGAUCUUCGAGAUUUUUUAUUGAGCAUAAUCUACAUCCCCGGAGACCACCGCAAUGCAAGCCUGAAAGGUAUGAGGAGCUGCUGAGGGGAAAACAGCUCUGGAGCGGAUGUUUUAACAAAGGUUCUCUGCCAUUGGGAGAUCCAACACUUCUGGGAGAAAUUUAGCCCUCGAAGGUGAAGCUGGCACCGAGCUUGUGGGUAGCCUGGUCGAGCUUCUGAGUGUCGAAAGAGCCACCGAGACCCAAGGUGACGCCCUCUCGGAGGAGGACGUUGUAGGCAAGGGCAGCAAUACCACGGUCGUUGAUCUUGACCUAUAUUUCGGAGCACGAGUCAGUCACGCAUUUCCACAGCACCCGAAGUCUGUGUGUACGAACCUUGGUGAAAGAGACAGGGUCGAUGCGGUACUUGCUGGCAACCUCAAGGCCGACAGCGUUACCGGUCUUGGAGUUCCAGGUAGCCUUGGCACCAGCCUCGACCUGUGAGUUGACCUUGUGGUAGUAAGAGGCAGCGAAGACGCUGAGGUUAUCAGAGGCGGUGAUGGCAGCGCUGUACUGAGGAGCAGCGUAGCCAACAGCAGCACUGUAGGCGGUCAGAGCAGCCUUGUUAGCAUCAUAACCAGCGGAGGCACCAGCCAGGAAACCCUCGUGGCCAACAACAGCGUCGACGUUGGCAACAGGGCCCUUCAGGAGAUCGAAAAAGGCACGGCCGUGGAAACCGGGUUGCUUAAAGUGGAGGUUGAACUUGGCUCCCUUAGCGGCGGUAGCAGGGAGGAAGUUGAAGAGACCCUCAAGCUUGAGUCCCUUGGCGAGGGAGUCGGCGACCUCGAUCUUGGUGUCGAGAGCAUUGGCGGUGUUCCAGGUCUGGGUAAGGGUCAGGCCUGUACGGGAAUAGAACAUUAGCAGCUGAGCAUAGCCAGGUUGAAGUAACGUCGCAAAUCCGACCGGCCAGCCUGAUUUAGGCCCGAGGAUUCGCGAGACGCUGAGAGAGGGGAGAUUCUGUUUGCGGCGGGGUUUGGGUAUGGGUUGUGGAGACUGAGAUGGUGAAAGCGAAGAAGGUGUUGAAGAAAAAGAUGGUGAUGCCGUACCGGUAGGCUUGUCGGUGUAUUUUCCCUCAAUCUGGAAACUAGUCAGUAACCCGAAGACAGAAAAAAAUAACAUCCCAAAGGGCAAGGCCGUUUUCUCGUUUCGAUAAGAGCUCGUUUGUGAUGAAGAUGUGAAUCGAAUUGCUCAACAGCACCAAAAGCCGCGGUUGACCGAAUACUAGCUUCCGAACCACCGAGGAACAACGGCUUGCCAUUGGGUUUGCGGAAAUGGGAAUGCUUACAGCAGCAGAGGUGGCCUUCUCGUGGCUCGACUUGCCAGUAACCUUGAAAGCAACACCGUUGGGGGCGGUGUCCUUGAACUCGAAGGUGGUGGCAGAGAGAUGGUAGAAAUCCUUGUUGAGGAGCUGUGAACGGCGCAAGAGUUAGCAGAGGUCGUAAACUUCAAGAAUCUGUAGUAGUAGAUGAUCAUGCGGAGCAGACCAAUGCAACAGGGGAUCUUGCGACUGAUGCUCCAAUCCACUCCAUGAUAUGAGCUCCGAAAGCGCGAAAAAUGAACAGCUCAAUUCUCGAUAUUGUCACAGCCCAAGAAAAUCAAAACAGAGGAAUCCGAGGUGUCGAGACGACGGAGGGGAGAUAGAAGCAUACAUCGUUGGCCGGCUUGGCAAUGUCGGAGAAGGCAGGGACAGACAUGGUUGCGGUGGAUGGUAUCAGGAGAUAUAAGUGUCAAAGGAAAGUUGUGAUGAAAAUGAAGUUGGAAUUUCGACAGAGAUGUGAGAGAAACGAACGGACGGGGUAGGAGAGUGGGAGAUGAUGGAGCCUACCUUAUUAGGUACCUUUCCUAGCAUGGGAAGACUCACACAGGGCUGAUCUCUUACACAGGGCUUUCUUGUUGGGGAACCCCGCUGGAACCAGCUCAUGCUCAGUGCAUAGCUAGGGAAGCUCUCGUGCGCUAGGCCCUAAAGACGCCCUGUGCGGCGCCUAGCAAGGAAUUGGAUUUGCACAUGGGUAGCCCAAGUCGGCUGAUGUCGGGACUGUGUCACAUUGUCACUUGGCCGGGUGAUAAAAACGCAGCGUUUAGCUGGAGAUCAUGUAAUUAAUUUAAGCCAUAUCCCCCAGAGCCAGGGCCCACGUGGAGGGGUAAUGAACAAUGGCAACGAAAAGAGUUGGUCAAAGACGAAGGAGAGAAGUCAAUUGGAUGAUAGGCAACAUCCAUUUCCCGAGGGACAGACCAGACCAGACCAUCCAUGAUCGCAACCUCGAAUCCCCUCCACUAGGUAGGUAGGUACCUUAGGUUGGGAGUCAUUGCCUGAUCCUCCCGAUUUCAGGCUUCGUACAGACGAGAUGUCAUUGUGUUAGUAGUAGAGCUUUGGGGUGUCAAGUCCAUUCGAUGCAAUCAUCUCGCUGCCCAACGAGUCCUUCAUCAUCAUCGUGUCCUUCCAUCCAUAUCCCUUAUUCAGUUUGCAUGUUGUCAACGCAUGAACAGCUCAGAGACUAACAACUAACAACUCAUGUGACUCCAUCACUAACUGCCCACUACUAGCAGCUGAAACAGCACUUCAGACCCAUUGGUUUGAUAGGCAUUGCCUGCAAGGAGGCUGAGGUACUCCGUACUUCCCAAGGUAUACCAAAAACGUUUUCUGAUAAAUCCGUAAAUUGAAAGCCGAACUCGACGUGUCCAUGUCCGGCUUCAUUCUCGUCUAUUGGUCCGUUCGGCCACACCCUCUUUCCAACCAUUUCAUGUCAAGACCCUUCAUGCAUAGACAAAUCAGGACGACACAUUGCACCUACUGCCACCUUCGAACUGCGGUGAAACCGGUCUUUCAUCGACACUUGCACAGGUACGCAAAUUAUGCGAUCCUUUGUUUCUAGAACUUUUGUCUUUUGUUUUCUUUCCCAAGUCCCUAUCUUUCCGUACCUUUUCCCAUCGUCAUUCCGCGGUUGGUUGGUAAGCAAGAUCCAAGACGCCUUUUCUCUUCUUCCAGGAGAACGACACCCAAGACAUACACUUCAUAUUCCUUUUGGGCCAGACAUCUCUUAUAUGGCAGUGUAAGUUACAAUGAGGCAAGCAAGCUUGCCGUGCCUGAUGUUUGCUCAAUUCACUAUAUCAUUAAGCCGCGUUAUCGUAUUUGGCGUUGUGAGUGGAAAUGGCUCUGCAACCAGACAUUAGCAAGCGUGUUUCCUUUCGGACCACCAACCGUCCAGCUCUGGGGAUAGAGAAGUUACGUACCGGCCACUGGGGUCAGUCUGCUUGGACCAAGUGGGAGUCCAGCGCAUGACGGUCGACGCGCAGUGAGGGGGGAAGUGCUCAUCAAACAUGCAUCGAUACCAGUAACUAUUCAUUGUUAGUCUCAUUCAACUGCACGAAACCGGUGUCAACGUACGCCUCCUUGGUAUCGGGAAUAUCGUUGCCCCACUCAGGCUUGGGGUUCUUCAUCAUCUCGUCUGUCACCUGCUUCUCGGCGUUGUCCUUGAGUGCGUCGAUCCAGCCGUAGCCGACACCAUCGGAGAACUGUUCCUUCUGUCGCCAGAGGAUGUUAUCAGGGAGAUAGGGCUGUUCGUCAGGCUCGUCCGAGGUGUCGAAAGCCUUGCGAAUGAUGUACUUCUCAAGUCUGUCCUUGGUGAUCAUCUUCUCUUGAGGAUCGAUGUUCAUCGAUGUUUCAAGGAACUAAUAUCACUCUUAGUUUCUGGGGAACAACUGGUUUAAUAGAGCUGAACUUACCUCCUUAUCGAGGAAGGGAACACGAGCUUCAAGGCCCCAAGCGGAGGUGGACUUGUUAGCUCGCAGGCAAUCAGCCAAGUGAAGGUUCUUGACACGACGAACUGUCUCCUCGUGGAAAGCCUCCUUAUCAGGGGCAGCGUGGAAAUACAGGUAACCACCGAAGAUCUCGUCACUUCCCUCUCCACUCAGAACCAUCUUGAUACCCAUGGCCUUGAUCUUUCGUGACAAGAGAUACAUGGGAGUGGAGGCUCGGAUGGUAGUGACAUCGUAGGUCUCAAGGUGAAAGAUAACAUCUGAAAGAGCGUUGAGGCCAUCCUCGAUGGUGAAGGUCAUGACGUGGUGCUUGGUACCAAGGAACUUGGCGACCUCAAGUGCGGCCUUGUUGUCCGGAGAACCAGGCAGUCCGAUGGAGAAGGAGUUAAGCUGGGGGAGGUAUGUCAGAGUAUCGAGGUGAUCAUCAUCGUCAACACCGACGAGACCCUCACCGGUGUCAGGGUUUUCGACAGGGAGAACGUUGCCGUUAGCCUCCAGAGCCUGUUUCCGAAGUCUGGUCACCUCACGCUGAGCGAUAGAUGCUGUCAGACUCGAGUCAAGGCCACCAGAAAGGAGAACUCCGAAGGGGACUUCAGCCAUGAGUCGCUUUCGGACAGCUUUCUCGAGAGCAUGUCGGAGAACCUUAUAAUCGACGGGGUUGCUGGGAACCUUCUUAGGGUCCCACCAAGAAGGGUUAAAGUAGCGAGUCGUCUCGCCAGUCUUGGAGUCGUAAACGUGACCGGGGGGGAAAGCAACGAUCUUGUCACAAACGCUAUGCAAGCACUUCAGCUCGGAGGCGAAAUAAACGGUUCCGGGUUCCUUGGAGGACCAGCCCUGGUAGAAGGUGGUGAUACCAAUAGGGUCGCGGGCCGCAAUUGUGCGAUCUUGCUUCUUGUCGUAGAGGACAAAAGAGAACAUGCCAUCGAGGUGGUUAGGGCAAUCGGUAUCAAACUCGGUGUACUGCAGGAAAUUCAUUGUGAGCCUUUUAUUCUUCCUUAAGCUAUCCAUGGAUUAGUCCUCUUACCAGGGGAAUGAUAACUUCGCAAUCAGAUGUAGUCUUGAAGUGGUAUUGCUCCUUGAGGUUCUUUCGAAUGUGACGAUGGUUGUAGAUCUCACCGUUGACAGC